AAAAGUGCUUGUGAUGAGCAAAGACUAUUGAAUAGUGUCGAUAAAACUAAAAUCUACAGAAAUUAGCCAGAAUCUUCAGGUAUCUACAAAUAUAAUAAAUAACCACCCUCGCAUGUGAGGGUAUAAUGUGGUGGUGCUGUUCUUCUUCCGCUAGUUCAGAACCGAUGGCUGCGAUACGCAAAAAGUUAGUGAUCGUCGGUGACGGAGCGUGCGGAAAGACAUGUCUCCUAAUCGUGUUCAGCAAGGACCAGUUCCCGGAAGUGUACGUGCCGACAGUCUUUGAGAAUUACGUCGCCGACAUCGAAGUGGACGGCAAGCAGGUGGAGCUGGCGCUGUGGGACACGGCGGGGCAGGAGGACUACGACCGGCUUCGGCCGCUGUCCUACCCCGACACGGACGUCAUCCUCAUGUGCUUCUCCGUGGACUCGCCCGAUUCGCUCGAGAACAUCCCGGAGAAGUGGACGCCCGAGGUGAAGCACUUCUGUCCCAGCGUGCCCAUCAUCCUGGUGGGCAACAAGAAGGACCUGCGCAACGACCCCGCCACCAUCAACGAGCUGCGCAAGAUGAAGCAGGAGCCCGUGAAGCCGCAGGAGGGCCGCGCCAUGGCGGAGAAGAUCAACGCAUUUGCAUACUUGGAGUGCUCCGCCAAGAGCAAGGAGGGUGUGCGUGAGGUGUUUGAGACGGCGACCCGUGCUGCGUUACAGGUUAAGAAGAAGAAGAAGACUAGGUGUUCUCUGCUGUAAUUGUGCUGUUUUCGGGAGGACUCUGAUUUAUGAAUGGUUCGCAUACUGCCUGAACACUUACGUUUGAAACGACUCGGGCUCUGCAUGAGUCGCGACGUCCGCCACACAGUGCUUCCUUCCGAUACUGACAGCUGACUGUCGCGGCGCUGCACGCACACCCACUCAGUAUUCGUGUGGCUACACUUUCACAAUUGGUACUUGUAUAUUUUAUAGAUUAUCUAUAAAGAAUAAGCGUAAAUGCCUUAUCAAAUGUAGUCUGGGGCGAGUGUGGACUCCCGUCUCCGCGGGUCCACUGAGAUUUUUCGUGCUAUACUAUCAUGUUAUAUAAUCAAGUAGCAUUUCUUCAACAUAUAGAAUAUUCCUCGACCGGUGUACCCUCACCGCGACUCGAUUGUUUAGUUUCGUAUUUUAAUAUUUUUUCAAUUAAAUAGUGAUGUAUAAUUGUGUAGGAUGUUUAUUUGACCUCUCUGACUCAGCCAAGUGCCGUCAGCUCAGCCAGACGCGUCUGUGAGACGUCCAUGUGUAGGGCAGUUAUAUUAUAAUCUUUUAUUUGUGUGAAAUUUUAACUUCCAUAUGAAAUACAUUGCAUGCUAAUAUAAUUUAUUAGUAAUAAAACCCCAUGUUUUAACAAUUA